AGCCACCCAGAGUUUGAAAAAGCUGAAAAUAAAGAACAGCUUGAAUUUGCUAUCAAAACUUUCACGGAAUCUUUGCGCUCAAAGAUAAAUGCAAAAAAUUUGAAGAAAUUUGUCGAGGCAUUCAUGAAUCGAACCAGUAUUGCUGAAACUAUUGGCAAAGUAUCUUGUCCUUGUUUGUUGGUGACUGGCUCCAAGGCUUCAUUCAAUCGUACUGUACACACACUCUACCAAGCAAUGGUUAACAAAGUGAGCAACAGAAAAUCUCUGGAGCUUCUUGAGGUCGACGGAGUUGCAAAUGUUUUAACAGAGAAACCUGAAGAAUUCGCUGAAAGUUUCUUGUAUAUGGUACAAGGACUAGGAAUGAUGGGUGGUGUUCCGAUGCCCCGUGUUCAACGUUCUGCCUCCCAAGACGGUCCAAUUCAGCACCGUAACCGUAGUAUGUCAAUGGAAGAAGCAGAUCAACCUCGAGGCAUCUAUUCAACAAGCCCUCCAAGAGUGGCACAGCACUAACUUGUUUUUGAUUGUUUGGUUUUUUUUUAUUAUUACUUUCUAUUUUAUUCCAAAAAAAAAAAGAAAAAAGCAAAAGAAAAAA